CUGGAUUUGCUGUGUGUUACAGCCAAAUCCGUCCGGGUCCAUAUGUGGGUGAAAGGUUCAGCGGUUAGAAAGCGACUCAAUUGCCAAAGAUUCCUCUCGUAGCUGCGUCCGACUAGCAGAAAGUCACAAUGUCAAAACAGCCGCAGCCGAUCAGCCCAAUGAAGAACUUCUUCGCUGGCGGUUUCGGUGGAGUCUGCCUCGUCUUUGCGGGUCACCCCCUAGAUACUAUAAAAGUGCGUCUCCAGACUCAACCAAAGCCCAAACCAGGGGAGAGCCUCCUCUAUAAGGGGACAAUGGAUUGCUUCAAAAAGACCUUAGCUAAAGAGGGAGUAAAGGGGCUAUACAAAGGCAUGGCGGCACCCGUCAUCGGAGUCACACCCAUGUUUGCUGUCUGUUUCUUUGGCUUCGGUUUGGGCAAGAAAUUGCAACAGAAAAGCCCUGAUGAUAUCCUCACGUAUCCACAACUGUUUGCUGCAGGCAUGUUGUCCGGCAUCUUCACCACAGCCAUCAUGACUCCUGGCGAGCGAAUCAAAUGUCUACUGCAGAUCCAGGCUUCGUCUGGGAAUGUGAAGUACGCCGGGCCGAUGGACUGUGUCAAACAGCUCUACAAGGAGUCGGGCAUCAGAGGAAUCUACAAAGGCACUGCGCUGACUCUCAUGAGAGACGUUCCUGCAAGCGGCAUGUACUUCAUGUCCUACGAGUGGUUGAAGAAUCUUCUCACACCGGCAGGAAAGAGUCAUAACGAACUCAGCAUUCCCAGCGUGCUGUUCGCCGGAGGGAUGGCAGGAAUAUUUAACUGGGCCGUGGCCAUCCCCCCCGAUGUGCUCAAGUCUCGUUUCCAAACAGCGCCUGAAGGAAAGUAUCCCAAUGGCGUCCGGGAUGUUCUGCGUGAGCUGAUCCGAGAAGAAGGCAUUGGCUCCUUAUAUAAAGGUUUCAAUGCUGUCAUGCUUCGAGCUUUUCCUGCAAACGCUGCUUGCUUCUUAGGAUUCGAACUCGCAAUGAAAUUCCUGAACUGGCUGGCACCCAACAUGUGAUGGAAUCGCUCUUGGAGUGCAUUAAGUAGUACACACACACUAGGAAUUUAUAAUUUUUCACCGAUUUCCAAUUCUCUACUUGAUUUUGUCUGGGAAGUGUGGAAGUGAGUUUUGGAGCAAAUCUUAUUUCCUCAAAUGGUGGCCCCAUCCUGAUAGAUGCUGUGUCUCAGUUAAUUAGUGUUUGUCAUUUACUUGAAACUAUGAAUAUGCUCUUCUCCAUAAUUCCUCCUUUUUGGUAAGGUGGAUAGCAACUGUUUUUAACUCAGAUCUUAGACACACAGGCAUUAAAGGACCCAGUUGCUAAACAAAACAGCAGCACCUACCAAAGCACGAAGACUUUUCCUGGGUGUCACUAUGUGGUUUUCAAGGAGGUCUUUCUACUGUACCCAAGAUUUGAUUCAUAUGUGUAUAACAUUUUAAUCAAAUAAUUAUGAUCUGAUGAAAUAAUUGUGACCCUAACUACAUUGUCGGUUGUGUGGAAUUGUCUAUUAAUCAUGUCUUUAAUUAUCUGUAAUGAACAUUGUAGACGUCAACAAUGUUUUUAUGAGUAUUUGUAAUUCCAUUUGUGAUAUCUACAAUUCAGUUCCAGAUAUUAGCAAGUUAAUUAAGGUGUCUGAACUUGUAUAUUUAGCAAGACUGUAGUUGUGGAUAUCGGAAAUGUUCUUUUUGACUAGACAAAAGAACUGCAAAAAAAAUCCACAUGGCACAGCUCCCUGCAUUAUUCUAUUGAAUACAACAUUGGCUUUGAAACGGGAGUUCAGAACACUCCAGAUAAAUUCUCCCAGUCCAUUAAAAAACACAUCUAAAAUAUAUAUAUUCAUGAAUUCUUUAUUUUAUUCAUAGUUGAGCAGGAAAAUGUAUGUUAAUGUAUUGAAAAAAAUCUCUCUAGCCACUAUAUGAGGAAAUAGUCUCACUCCUGUUUUUAAAUGUUUAUUUUCUUCUGCGUCUUUUUUUUUUUUUUAAUAGAAGGCAGUGAUGGAGUGAUCUGGAUAUUUUGUGCCUUACCUCUCUGCCUUACGUGAACAUAUCAGGGAAAAAGGUGCAUUUGUUUUUGUACCGUGCCCUCACGUUUGCGUCAAUGUCUCAGUAUGUUGGAUGGGACUUUCGUGCAAUUGUGGACUGUGUGUAGUUUACUUGCCGUGCGUACGUAAAGUCCAAAAAGGAUUUGGCCUUUUGUUUCACUGGGAUGUGUCCAGUGAGCAGGCAUUCAUUCAUUGGGAAAGGUUUAGGUCGAUACUUUCCAACAGCCUGGGUUCAAUAAUGAAAUCAAUAAAGUGAAUGUGACGAAUGCAA